GGUCUUGCUCAGCGGCGAGUUUGCGAACAACCUGUUCAAGAUCGUCUACGGCUKGGGGGUCGCCAAGAUGGCCGCGGAGGAGUUCGGGAUCGCUUCCCGGCUGGUCUUYGCCAUGCAGGUCGAUCGCCGSAACCGCGUCAGGGAAAAGGCCACCAGGACGGCCCGCCAGCUGCUCCGGUGCCUCCCAUACUUUCGGGGGAUCGACCUCGGUCUGGGCAACAAACUGCUGAACGAGGGAUACUUCGACGAGAUCGACGCCAAGGCGACGGGGGUCCCGGGCUUUGGCCUCGACAAAUAUCUAAGCCUGGAGACCAGCCAGAAGCACCUGCGCGUCCUGGCUGACUACCUAAGGGACCUCGGGAGGGACGCGGUUCGCAAAAGCACCGAUUCCAACACCACAUCCAGCCACAAAGACCACCACCGCGUCCCGGUCCCCAUGGUCCGCCUCGACGACAUGUUCAGUGGGUACCUGGACCUCUACUACGACGAGGUGGUCAAGACCCUCCUCGCCUUUGACGACGAAGCGUGCUGCGGGUCGACGCUGGAGGCCCCCCCGGGCCCCGACGAAUCCGUCCUGCACUACCGGAACUUUGGCACCGAGUUUGCCAGGCCGGACCGCCGCCGGAAAAUGGGCUUCGAGGAGCUCCCCGGGGACCGGAUCGCGAACGAGCUCUUUGCCAACCUGGAGAGCGGGGGGAAGCUGGCCCUGGCCGGCCGGAACCUGGCGAAGGACUCGCUCAAAAACAACACCGGUGCCCACGGGCUGGUGGAAGCACUAAGGGCCCGGAACCUGACGGUCCGCUUCUCCCCGGGCACCGAUCCCUCCCCGACCGCCYCCGGCGACCCUGCCAUGGAAGACUUUUGCUUCCUCAAAAAGGCCCGCAAGGAGCUGGUCGGCUUUGCCAAGUCGACCUACGUGGCCAUGGCGUCCGCCCUCGGGGGGCCCUCGAUCGCCACAACCCGGCUCUACACCUACACGGCCUCGGACGGGUCCUCAAGAGCCCAGCCGCGCCAUGCCUAUCAACACCCCGAGCUGGCGGCGAGGAUCCAAUACGAGGACUACUACUUUGAUCCGAAGGAUCGUCCGGCGUAGCACCCAAAAACACCGAACCGAACGGAACGAGCAAGAAAGCAAGCAGGCAAGCCCGCAAACCAACCGACCAACCAACCGAAACGCACGCUGAACCAAGGCCACGGCCGGGACACGGAGAGGUCCAUCCCCCAGCGACGUCCAUCGUCGAGGACCGGGAGGUGGGGCACACACGGGACUCCUCGGCAUGGUUCGGAGCCGGUGUCCUGCGUUGGAGUGCAAAGCAAACCGUGUUGCUAGAAACGAUACACGGUAGAUAGGAUAGGAACGAGAAGCUCGGUUGCGUCGAGCACUCGCUGCACUUUGGUACUACAUACCGCAACGCACUCUCGUCGGCAUAUAUGAUGAUGAUGAUUGCAAACAUCAACAGUCACCACCAACCUGAACAAUGGCAAGAAUGAAUUCACAAUGAUCGCCCCUAGUAACAGUAACUUCUAUUGUAACUAUUUUUCAUCUAUUCGCAGAGGGUAUUUACUGACAGAAAGUAAGCUUCCUGAUUUCCUCUUUUUUUUAUCAAGGCCCUCUCCAAAUGGUGCGUUCCCAACACUCACGCGCCUCCAACAGGACACCGAACAUACCGCAUCGACCUCCUCCAUCGGCACCGCAAUGCGUGCAUCCGGACCGAACGGAUGUCG